AUGAAUCGGAUUUCCUGCUCAGUAUGUGGAGACGAAAGAUGCCAACAAAACAAUUUUUUUAUUGAAUCUGUCUAUGUGCUUGAAGAUAAUAUCUUCAGUCAAUUGACGAACGAUCUUCAGCUUUCGCUUUGCGAAAACCAUUCUGAGUGCUAUCUAAGUUACCCUCCUUCUCUAAAACACACAUUCAAAUACAAUCGUCAGCAGCUCAGAGACGCUUGCAAAUUUAUGGGGGUGAAAAUCCAUGAUGCCUAUAAGAUCACUGACCAAAUUUUUAGUCUCAUUUCUACUCAUAUUAAAUCAAAAACACGUAUACGUGAAGGAGAAAUUUAUCAAAUAAUUCCUGCGUUAACUUUAUCUAAUUCGGCCUUUGAAAGGUUUGCAAAAGAAGCGUUGUCUUCUCAAGAAUACAUAGGGGAACAGCAUAUAAUUGAUUUUAGAAUUGCAUGUGAAGUUGUAUCUAAGCGCCGACCUGUGAUUGUGCUAUUAGGUGGAGCUUCAGGGACUGGUAAAAGCACUUUAUCGUCUCUCUUAGCAAGUAGACUAGGUAUUUCAAGUAUGCUCUCGACAGAUUCAAUUAGACAUAUAUUGAGAAAUGUCUUAAAUCGAGAUCAAGAUCCGAUUUUAUUUUGCUCUACCUAUGAAGCUGGAAGUUUAAUUAAAACUGAAGGCCUCACACCUAAGCAAGCUUGUAUUCAAGGCUAUAUAGAGCAAUCUGAUAAAGUCAUAGAUUAUCUAGACAAUGUCAUAGAAGACUACCAUCACCGAGGAGAAAGUAUUGUAAUUGAAGGCGUUCACCUCCACGUUGGCGCUAUCAAAAAACUGAUGAAAAAAUACAAUUCCUGCAUCCCUUUUAUUAUCAUGAUAAAAAACAGCAAAAAACAUAAAGAAAGAUUUGCAGUCAGAAGCAAAUGCAUGACACUUGAUCCUAAGCUCAAUAAAUACGUAGCUAGCUAUCCUAAUAUAAGAGAAAUCCAAAAACGGUUUAUCUUAAAAGCUGACGAAUGCCUAAUCCCAAAAGUUGAUACCAGCAACUUGGAUAGAUCCUUAGGACUCUGCCAUGCCACUAUAGUAAGAUGUUUGCGACAAGUUUACAAUGGAACCAGCAUCUAUGAUACAGAAAGAAAACAAACAGUUCUAGUCCAUGAAGAAUUUAAUUUUGUGGCAAGAAAUAUAUGAUCAAGCAAGCUUGCCCAUGAAAUGAUCAAAACAAAGGUAAAUAAAGGCGAACUUUUUAAAAGGUUUUUCAGGGAUGGGGAAAGCUCGCUUGCGGUGUUUGAAAAUGAUAAUGAAAAAAAAGAAAAUAAAUCUGAAGAAACGGGCAGUGAAGGCCCAGAAAUUGGCUCAAUUGUGUCAGGAAGCGAAGUUUUUGACUUUACUCAUAAUAGACAACUGCCAGAAAUAAAGGAAAUGGAAAAUGGAGACUCUGUGUGUGGGAUUGACGAAAGUGUAGAGGACAUUGAAAGAGAGUCUUCACAUGGAGGAGAUUCGGCAAGUUAUAGCUCAGGGAAUAGCAACAACCAUUCUAUUCAUGAAGAGGAGGAAGAAGAAGAUACUGAUAUUCCUCCAGCAGUCCCUAUUGCUGUGCAUAAUUCUCCCAAAAAUCAUUAUAGAAAAGUGAGUUUUUAG